GCCAUCCAGGUGGGCCAGCGCCCCACGACGCGCUCGGGUCCAGCGGCUGUGCGCCCGGGACCUGGCCCCCCGCGCACUACGUCCCCGACGGCCGGCGAUUCCUGGAGGGAGGAGGAAGGGAAAAGGUCCACAUGGCAGGGGCUGGGGGUCCCCUGCGCCUCCGCGACUGGCUGGUGGCACAGAUCGAGAGCGGGCGCUACGCGGGGUUGUGCUGGGAAGACGCGGGCAAGACCAUCUUCCGCAUCCCAUGGAAACACGCGGCCAAACAGGGCUACCAGGCGCAGCGGGACGCUGCGCUCUUCAGGGCCUGGGCCGUGUACAAGGGCAAGCACCUGGAAGGCGCUGACAAGGAGGACCCCUCUACCUGGAAGACGCGGCUCCGCUGUGCCCUCAACAAGAGUGCUGACUUCUGUGAGGUGCGCGAGCGUAGCCAGCUAGACAUCUCCAACCCCUACAAGGUCUACCGGAUUGUAUCCGAGGUCACCCAUAACCCAGUGACCAAGGCCUGUGCUCUCCCUGAAGAGGAGGGCAUUUCCUUGAGCCAGCAGAAGCCACCUGGGGAAGUGACUGGACAGGCUUGCAGAACAGACCAGGUCUCCUCUCCCACCUUCACGGUCCUCUCUUUACAUGCUCAGAACUGCUCUGGAUUAACGGCAAAGGAUGAGGACAAGGAGUCGCCUUCCAGGCUGGCCCAGGAAGGCUCCCUGCCGCCAGCCGCCCUGCUGCCAAGCCCUCUGGCUGACCACAGGUACCAGGCGCAGGACCCCGCCCCCUCCUGGAGCCCCACCCCCUCCGAAGAUUUCAGCAACCCGGAUUGUUGGCUGCACGUGCGGCUGUACUAUGGCGCGGCGCUAGUGCGCGAGGCCACUGCGCGCACGGCGGAGGGCUGCCGUCUGAGCCCGCGGGCACCCGCCGCCGCAGCACGCCUCCUGGGACCGCAGCCGCGCAUAGCGCAAGUUGGUUUCCCGGAGCCGCCGCCCGGAGCCCGCGCGCUGCAGCGCCUGCUGCCGCACUUGGAGCGAGGCGUGCUGUUGUGGGUGGCGCCCGAGGGAGUAUUCGCCAAGCGCCUGUGCCAGGGCCGCGUGUACUGGCGCGGUCCUCUCGCCCCGCACCGCGCGCGACCCAACAAGCUGGAACGGGAGCGCACCUGCCAGCUGCUGGACACGCGCCGCUUCCUCGCGGAACUGUGUGCCCACCUGCGGGACGGCCACCCGGAACCUGAGUACCAGAUCCGUCUGUGCUUUGGUGAGGAGUACCCGGGCCCUCCCGGCCAGCCGGAGGAGCGGCUCAUCAUGGCCCAUGUGGAGCCAGUCUUCGCCCGUGAGCUCCUCCUACACUCGAAGAGCCUAGGUGGCCAGGCCGGUAUCCCCAACGCAGUCAUCCACCUGCUGACACACCUGAGCCAGCCCUGAGCAGGCCAAGCAUCCUCUCAUGCCCUAAAGCCAGCCUCCCACGGGGCGUGGAUACCUACCCACCCCAGCCCUGCCCUACUGAGCCAGUGGACCUGAGGCUUGCCUGCAUCUGCCUCCCAGGUGGCAACAGCAGAAGCCCGUCUCAGCCUUGCCUUCAACCUUUCCACAGCCUCGGUGGAGCCCUGGAACAUGGGAGUAGGCAGACUUUAUGAGGCUGGUUGGGCCUGAAGCUCCAUCUCCUGCUGAGAGCCCAAGACGCCUCUAGCUUUUUACUUAGGGCAGGCCUCACCUGCAGUUCGCUUAAAGCUGAGUCCACCAGUAAUUAGACUGGUGGCUUGCUUACAGUAGAGCCAACCAAUAGUUAAAUUGCCUGCCCGCUAAGGGGCUCUGAGUUUCCAGACCCUUCCACUCACCUGCUACUAUUCUCCUUUCUUUAUUUGUGAUAUCUCCAAACUUGGCCUGAACACUGGGCUUUGGGCUCUAACCACUGAACCACAGCCUACUGGUGCUGGCUUUGGAAAACUGAAGCAGGCCCCAAGACACAUCCCUAAAGCAGAGGCCGAAGUGGGAGCCAGGCAUCCAGCCCUCCCCAGGCCCUGCUGAUCUUUGUAAAGUGUAAAGAAUCCAUAAAGUUAGUUGCCCCUGCCUUGUCAGUAAAGCAACUAUUUUCCACCCCAAAUAACAGAUUUUUUUUUUUCCCUCUUCUGAUUUGUGAGUUUAUUUAUAGGAAUUCUCUUACAGAUGCCAACCUAAUAAAUCUCAUUUAACAGUGCAUUAAUUGGUCACUUUUAUGAGCACGGAUGGCAUGAUUCAACAAACAACAAACGUCCAUCAGAAAUGUUAAAUUCGCAAAUGCUGUGUUGUAUAUAUAUUAACAACAACAACAAAAACAGGAGAAAAAAGUCAAUCGGAUCACUAUUUUUUAAUUAAUUCAACAAACCAGUUGCCUGGGCACUGGGAAUAGAGCAAAAUAGCAUGGCCCCUACGCUUCUGGGGCUCUCAGCCUGUUUUCCAUUGGGGCCCAGUGACGGUCCCCCUCCUCCGCCCCAUACCUAGAACGGGUAAUGUUAAAGAAUCAUGGAAUCCUGGGUUUGAAUACCAGCUCAGUCACUUACUAGCUGUGUGACCUCAGGCAAAUAACUUCCCUGAGCUUCAGAUUCUUCACUUCUUUCUUUUUUAAAUAUUUAUUUUAUUUUUAGUGAAAAUACACAGCCGGUCAUACACCCUUCAAUAAUUUUUACAUGUACAGUUCAAUGACAUUGGUUACAUCCUUUGUGCUGUGUCACUGUUUUCAUUACCUCUACCCAUAUUGUGUUACCACCAUUGACUCAGACUCACUGCCCCAUAAACUAUCCAUCUAUGCUUUAGAGUUACUGUGGUCAGUUUGAUCGAUACAGGUAAUUCUUUUAAAAAGCAUAAUGUUCAAGGCAGGUAUUCUUUACUAAUUCAGCUAAACUGCUGUUUAGUUUGAAUGUGACUUCAGGGAAUAAUUUUGGUUCCAGGUUCAAAAAUUUUCUCAGGGCAACAGAUUCAGGGGUUCCUCCAGCCUCAAUGGGUCUAGUAAGUCUGGAUUCUAUAAGAAAUUUGACAUUCUACUCCACAUUUCCCCCCUUUGGAUCAGGACUCAUCUAUUGAGUCCUUUAUCAAAACGUUCAGUAAUGGUAGCCAGGCACCAUCCAGUUCUGGUCUCAUGACAAAAGACAUAGUAGUUCACGGAGGCAACUAGACCUGCAGUCUAGUUCCUUCUGUGGUUCCUGGGUCUCCUUCCUUUGUUGCUCCAGGCAAACAGAGACCAAUUGUUGUAAAUUUGGAUGGCCACAAGCAAGCUUUUAAGGCCCCAGGCACUACUUACCAAACUGGCAGGUAGAACAGAAACUCUAAAAAUAAUGUUAAACUAACUGGCUGGACAGGCCCAUGAAGCCAUGACCCUAAACCUUCAAACCAAGAGAACUAAGCCCGUGAGGUGUGUGGCUGUACCUAAGUAGUUUCGGCAACUGCAUCAUCUUCUUCUGUUGUUGUUGUAGAACUACAUAUAACAACAUUUGUCAUUUUGCCCUUUUUCUGGUGUACAACAGUACAUCAGUCAAGUUGUGUAACCAUUACCCCUAAUCGAUGCCAAUUUUCCCAGCACCAUGGACGUAAACUCACUACCUCCCAGAGAAUGAUUCCCCCCCGCCCCCAAGUAAUCACUAAUAAUCAUUGGUUCCUGUGUAUUUACCUAUUCUUAUCAUCUCAUGUAAGUGAGGUCAUACAGUAUUUGCCCUUUUGUGGUUGACUUAUUUUGCAGAUUCUUCAUUUGUUAAAGAGGCUGCAAAGGCUCCUGGAGCAAGGGUAGCCCAAGGAGUAAGUAGAGAAGGGUGGUGUUACGGAUUGAGUUGUGUCCCCCAAAAAUGUAUGUCAACUUGGCUAGGCCAUGAUUCCCAGUACUGUGUGAUUGUCCACCAUUUUGCCAUCUGAUGUGAUUUUCCUAUGUGUUGUAAAUCCUUCGUUUAUGCUGUAAAUGGUCAACGUCAUUACAAUCAGCACUCAUAAACGGAGAAAAGACUGAAGCUGUCAAGGAUUUCAUUUCACUUGGAUCGACAAUCAACACCCAUGGAGGCAGCAGCCAAGAAAUCAAAUGACGCAUUGCAUUGCAAAUCUGCUGCAGAAGACCCCUUUAAAGUGUUAAAAAGAUAAGAUGUCACCUUGAAAACUAAGCUGCGCCUGACCCAAGCCUUGGUAUUUUUAAUCACCUCAUAUGCGUGAGAAAGUUCGACAGUGAAUAAGGAAGACCAAAGAAGAAUUGACGACUUUGAAUUAUGGUGUUUACAAAGAAUAUUGAAUAUCCCAUGGACUGCCAAAAGAAUGAACAAAUCUGUCUUGGAAGAAGUACAGCCAGAAUGCUCCUUGGAAGCAAAGAUUGCGAGACUACGUCUCACAUAUUUUGGGCAUGUUAUCAGGAGGGAUCAGUCCCUGGAGAAGGACAUCAUGCUUGGUAAAGUGGAGGGUAAGUGAAAAAAAGGAAGAUCCUCCACGAGAUGGAUGGACACAGUGGCUGCAAUAUUGGGCUGAAGCAUAACAACGAUUGUGAGGAUGACGCAGGACCGGCAGCGUUUCGUUUUGUUGUACCUAGGGUCGCUAUGAGUCAGAACCGACUUGACAACACCUAACAACAGCAACAAGAUGUUAAUGAAGCAGGAUUAGAGGUAGUUAUGUUCACGAGGCAGGACUCGAUCUACAACACUAGGUUGUGUCUUAAAUUAAUCUCUUUUGAGAUAUAAAAAAGAGAGGCGAGAAGAGAGACUUGGGAAUCUCAUAACACCAGGAAAGAAGCCCUUGGAGCAGAGCGGAGAAGCUCUCCUAGACCAGGGGAAGACCGAUGACAUGGACCUUUCUCCAGAGCCAACAAGAGAGAGAAAGGCUUCCCCUGAAGCUGACACCAGAAUUUUGACUUCUAGCCUCCUAAACUGUGAGAGAAUAAAUAUUUCUCUGUGUUAAAGCCAUCCACUGGUGGUAUUUCUGUUAUAGCAGAACUAGAUGACUAAGACAGGAGGGAAGCUGGCCUGGCACAGACAGUGGCACACAGUAGGUGCAGGGGUCUAUCUAUGGAAAAUAGCACCUAUGGCAAUUCAUUUUAAAUUGCUGGAUGAUCUCUCACAGCUGCAAGGGAAACUGUGAUGGCCGAUAGAAACUGCUCAGUGAUGCCCCUCCUCUAGCAGGGCCUGGGUCAUGGGCCCUACCUGCCAUACCUCAGGCCUCUGAGAGCUGUGCACUGACUUGGUUACUUGAUGGGGUGGGGGAGAGCCUGUUCCAUCCUCCGGAGGGUCUGACCGCCUGUCCUAGGCUUCGCUGCACCCCAAGUCCAAGGCUAGAACUGGGGGAGGCUCAGUCCACAGUGUGAAUCCAUAGCCGUGUCCAAACCCCUGCUCUCUGAGAGCACUGGAUUCUGUGUGAGGGAGCCUGCUGCCUCCUCACCACAGGCUGGUGAUCUGAGGAGAGGCCAGCCCCAUUUUAGAGAUGAGGAAACUGAGGCUAAGCCAGGGUGGAGGGGGGGCCUUGCUUGAGACCACAUCUUGGGCGGGCUCUCUGCCCAGUUGGCUGUCCUCCCCACACCACUCACUAGAGGGCGCCAGGGCUACAGCAGAGCCAGCCUAUGUGCCCCUCCCUGGAUGCACCCCAGUGCUAGGAGGCCGGGGAAUAGUGGGACCCCAGGGCUCUGCGCUGUGCAGAGGAGAAAGGAGACCACAGGCCUGUGAGGAGGAGAGGACAGAAAGGGAACUAGGCGUGGAAACCGGAGAGGCCCCUGGUGUGCUUCUCAGUCAGCCUGGGAUCACCAGUUCUCCAGCAGCUCAGCCCAGCAGAUUGGACCUCACUCGGCUCUCAUCCACACCUCUCUCCCCCUCCUCCUCUUCCUCUCCCCUGUGUUUGUACCUGUCUCUCUCUGUGUAUUUCUUUAUUUCUCUCUGUCCCUCACAGUGACCCUAACUUUCUUUGUGUACUAAUUCUCUUCUCUCUCUGGCUUUCUGUGUCUCUCUGGUUCUCUGUGUGUCUCUGACUAUUUUUUUCUGUCUCUGUCUCAUCUCUGCUUUUAUUUCUCCCUCUCUUUAUGUCUCUGCCUCUCUCUUUGUUUCUGUCUGUCUUUUUUUUUCUUUCGGUCUCUCCAUCUCUUUUGGUUUCUGUCCCUGUCUCACUCAGUUUCACAUCCUGUCCCUCCCCAGCCACCACUACCCAGCACAUGUGGGCUGAGGGUCUCAGUCCCUUCCCUCCCAUCUCACCCCUGGAAGCUGCUCACAGCUUCCCAGUCCCAGCCUCUCCUGCCCUCCCCGCUUGGGCCUUGGGGGAGGGGGACCCAGGAGGAAGGGAGGGCAGCCCGG